AAUAGACGUAAUAAUUCAGACGUCGAAUUGAGAUCAAACAUUGGAAUUGAUUAGUACUGUCCAUUGAUGAUUAGCAAUGUCAUUUAAAUUUAUAAUUAUUAAAUGAAAUAAAUAAAAUCGAAUGAUUUUCUAUAAUUGUUGAUCAUAUAAUCUUGAAAUUGAAUUUUCAUGAAAAAAGGUGGUGGCUAAUAAGGUCACGUGAUCUAAAUAAAUCUAUCAAUAAAGAGAAUUGGGUACUGCCCUUUAUGUUCGAACCGAAUACCAAAGUUCAUUAAAUGUAACGAGUAAAGUUGAACGAAUUUACGAAUUUUUUUGAUUGAUAAAGAAGUGAUAUCGAUUUUGAUUCUUUACAAAAACAAAUUCAAAAAGUUUUCAAAUCAUGAAACCGACUAAAACAAACGCUAAUUUAUCCAUGAAACUGAAUAAAAAACAAGAUGAUGUAGAUAUUGGAAAAACUGUCCCAUUCAAUUCAGAUUUAAAUUCUUGUGACGAUGAUCAAUUUCUUCGUAGUAUGGAAUUAUUCGAUAUUAUCAAACUAAAAAUCGACCAACUCAAUAAGCAAAUAAUCUUACAACGCCAAUGUAUAAAUUCCAUUAAAACAUUUGAAAGUUUUCUUAAAGUACAAUUAGAAGAUAAAAUGAUGAACAAUGAUAAAAGUCAAAAAAACAUUAAAACUAAAUUAAUACAAAUCAAAAAACAUUACGAAAAAUUCGUUAAGACUUUUCACCUUUCUCGUAAACGUUACCGUAGAAUUGAAAUACGAGAACGACCAUCAUCCGAAAUCUACAAUUACCUCUGCAAACUGUUUGAUUCUAUAAAGGACCGAAUGAGUUUCCGCCAAAGUUCGGAUCCAAUAGAAUCGUUUUGUAUGUUAUUAAAUCCUGUCCAUAUUAAUCCUGAUGCUCAUAUCGUGCUUUCAAAUGGCAAUGAAAUUCAGGAUGAUGAUCAUUCAAAAAGAUCAUUUGUUUCUCCCAGAGAAUUACGUAGCCGUACAUGUCGUCGACGUGAGCUUGAUGUCAAAAAUCUUAAAAAUGAUAAAGAAUUAUUCAACAAAACCAAAGAUCAACAUGAUAAAAAAUCCAUAGGUAAAAAAGGAAAAGUAAAAAAACAGGUCAAUUCCAAUUUGAAAUCGAAUGAUAAGAAGAAAACAAAUGUUAAGAAAUCAAAUAAAAUAUAUUACUGUGACUUUUCUGAUUGUGAUUAUCAAACUAAAUCUAAAUUCGCCAUGGAUAUUCACGGGCAAAAGCAUUCGGACGAAAGACCAUUUGAAUGUGAAACUUGUCAUAAAUCAUUUAAAAAUAUUUAUAGAUUAAAAAUUCAUCAAUUGGUACACCAGAAUCAACGUUUUCAUUGUCCCUUCGAAGGUUGUAACGCUGUAUAUUCGUGGUCCGAUUCGUUGAAAAAGCAUAUUCUUGUUCAUAAUAAUCAGGCACCCGUUCAUCAAUGUGAUUGGCCUGGUUGUGAUUAUCAAUCAUAUCGACUUGAUCUAUUACGGAAACAUCGUACGAGACAUACGGGCGAAAGAACAUUUCACUGUAAAUGGCCUGAUUGUGAAAUGAACGUAAACAUGCAUGCACUUGGUUCGGUUGUAAUUAUCGUUGUAAUUUACCGGGAAAUCUUCGUAAACAUAUUGCAAUACAUGAGAAGAAACUGGCUAAAAAUGUCAAUAACGAAUAGCGAAAAUAAUAAUUGGAUAGACCAUACAUCCGCUAAUGGUAAUAAUGAGUCGACGUCCAGGAUCAAUGUUUAGAAUUUAUCGUCAUUAUAAUUUUAAAUGAAAGAAAUAUGAAUCGCAAAACUUGCUAUUUUUUCACAUAAUUUAAUUAUCUUAUGUCAAAAUAAAAUAAUUGCUUAAUGAUUAUUUAAAUUAAAAGGAAAAAGGAAGGAACAAUUUCCAA